GGAAAUAUAUGAAUUAAAAAAAAAAAAAGUUAUUUUCAAAUACUUUUAGAUAUAAUAAAUGUUGUGGAAAAAAAUAUUUUAAAUUUAUUCAAGUAAAAAUUUUGAUUAAUGGUCACCUAUUUAAAAAAUUAGACCCUAUGCAUCGUGAAUAAAAAUUAAAUUGAAUACGCUAAUGAAAAAUAGAAUUUGUAAUUUAAAGGAAAUUCAUUAAAUCGUCUGUGAAACGUUACCUCUGAGAAAAAUGUCUCAUGAAAAUAUGAAUGUUUAUCCUUGGGGUCCUGCAGAUGUAUGUCCCCGAGGUAUGAUACUUCCAAUUUUGGAUGAACGUUUAUGGCCUAUCAGUAUUCGUAUAAUCGUGUAUUUUUCAACACUGUUGUAUUUUCUCUUGGGAAUAUCUAUUGUUACCGACGCUUUCAUGACAUCUAUCGAUAAAAUCUCUAGUCAUACUAAAAAAGUAUACUUGUCUAAGCAAUUGUCUAGAGCUUAUUUAGUAGAUUGUAUAUUUCCAGACCAAUCAGAAGUAAUUGAAGUUAAUGUAUGGAACCCGACAUUAGCAAAUCUUAUCCUAAUGGCCUUAGGUACAUCAUUACCGGAAAUAUUGUUAUCCAUUAUUGAAAUCGUUGGUCACAAUUUCGAGGUUCAUAAACUUGGACCGAACAUAAUUGUUGGAUCCGCAGCAUUUAAUUUAUUAAUCAUUACUAGCCUUUGUACGCUGUCAUUGAAGCCAAAUGAAUCAAAAAGAAUAUAUAAUUUAGAAGUAUUUUUAGUUAUUGGAACAUUUAGUUUUAUUUCUUAUUUAUGGUUAAUGUUUAUCAUUGAUAUAAUUUCACCUAGCAUAAUUGAACUAUGGGAAGCAUCUGUAACAUUUAUGUUGUUUCCGAUAUUUAUCUUAUUUGCUUAUGCGAUUGAUAAGAGAUGGUAUAGCAUUAACAAACAUCACAAGUAUGAAAUAGACGUUGUCAAGUUAGAAGACCAAAAUCAACCAAUGUAUAAUAAGAAUGAAAUGGACGAAGAUAAUUUAUUGGCAUUUCUUAAGAAUGCAAGUAAAUUUCCAGACGUAACAGAAUUAGAUGUUGCCAAAUUAGCAGCCGUUAAAAUAAUGGAUUCGACUUAUUCGAGUUCAAUACGAUAUCGGAUUAGAGAAGCAAGGCGACUUUCUGGUAGAACUAAACGUCAUUCUAUGCUUGAUGGCCGUCUUCGUCAGCUGUACGAUGUUUUAAUGUUAAAUGAAUCAAAUGUGGUAACUAACACAUUAUCGUCAAUUUCUGCUGAUGAAAAAUGUGCUGUUGUUGAAUUUUGUUCACAUCAUAUAGCAAUUAGAGAAAACAUCGGAAAAUAUCCAGUUAAAAUUUGGAGGCACGGAAAUUUAAAAACAAAGUGUACUGUUAGAAUUCAUAGCUUGGAUGGAACAGCUAAAGAAGGUGAAGACUAUAUAAAAGUCAAUGAAAUAAUUAAUUUUAAAGAAAAUGAAGAGAAAAAACAGAUAUUUAUUGAAAUAAUCGAUGAUGAUAAAUGGGAACCCGAUGAGAAUUUUUUUCUUAAACUGUCUUUAGUACGUCAAAAAAAAUUUAAUGUAAAAAUUGGUAGUUUAUCGGUAAUGGAAGUGACGAUAAUCGAUAAUGAUGAACCAGGUAUAAUAAGUUUUGCUAAACGAGGAUUAUUUAUAAAUGAAUACGUUGAUUUUGUUGAAGUCCCUAUUACUAGAACACACGGUUCUGACGGUGUUGUAAACGUUAAAUGGAAGAUCACAGACCGAUCGGCUAUUUUGGGAAAAUACUUCGUAGGUAGUCAUGGAGAAAUUGAAUUUAAGGAUAAAGAGGUAGUUAAAGUUUUAAUUAUCAAAUUAAUCAAUAAGAUGUUUAUGGAAAAAGGUGAAUUUUUUGAAGUUGAAUUAUUUGAUAUUAGUGGUGGUGCUGAAAUUGGAAAUUUCAAUAAGAUUACUAUUACUAUCAGCAGAGAUAUAGAUUUAACAAUGGACCGAUUGGUGAUACUUACUAACAACCAUAUUAAUGAAAUUGGUUUAAAUCGACAAACAUGGUUAGAACAAAUAAAAUCUGCUAUGACUGUUAAUGAGGGAGAUUUAGAAAAUGCUACAACCUUUACAUAUAUGCUACAUUUUUUAUCAUUUUUUUGGAAAGUUUUAUUCUCUUUUAUACCACCAGCAACUAUUUAUCAUGGUUGGUUAAGAUUUUUCAUAUCUUUAGUACUCAUUGGAAUAAUGGUCACUAUCACUGAUGACCUAGCUACAAUUUUAGGAUGUCUAAUCGGUUUAGAUGAUGUUAUUACAGCAAUUACAAUCGUAGCCCUGGGAAUGUCGUUGCCAGAUAUCUUAGGAGCUUGUAUUGUCACCCAAGUAGAAGAAAACGCUGAUGAAGCCAUGAUCCAUAUUGCUGGUUCAAUAACCAUUAAAGUUCUCAUGGGCGUCGGUUUACCGUGGUUUAUUGCAGCUUUACAUCAUUAUUUCAACAAUAGCAACUUUUUAAUAUUGACAAAUGAGAUCGAUAUCAAUGUGUUUGUCUAUUGUACUGUGGCUAUUUUGGCUAUAGCAGUGUUGAUAAUCCGAAGAAACGUCAAGUUUUUUGGUAGAGCAGAACUAGGUGGUCCACAAAACGGUAGACUUCUAACUGCAUUUAUAUUUAUCACUCUUUGGUUAAUAUAUAUAUUAAUAACUUCUUUUAAAUGUACAUUUAGAUAAAUAAAUGUUUUAAAUAUUAUAGAUAUAAAAAUAAUAAUCAUACUGUUUAAGUUCAAAAACAUCCUUCGAUUAUAAAAUUAUAGAGAUUUUAAUAUUCGUCGUACACACUUAAUUUGUUUUGCCAGUUAAAUCUGACUUGGCGUUAGUUUAAAGUGUGAAGUGACUAUUGAAUUAAAUAUUUUUUGGAAUUUCAUACUACCUACAUUUCACUUCAUAUUAAACACUUUAAUUUAAAAAACACAAAAGAUUUACCAUAGUAAUGAUUUUACCAAUUUGUUGUUAAAAUAAAAAAAAAUUAUACCUAAUAUUUAUAAGUAGGAAUAAUUAAAACUAAUGAUGUCUAACCACUGAGAGUCCCUAUUGAUUGUAAUUUAAAAUAUAUAAUUAUAAUUCGGUAGCAAAAUGUCAAGUCUGAGGAUAUAGCCUUUUCUAAACAAAAAUCUCUCUCAUAAAAAUAAAAACAAUAAAAAUUUAUUAUUUAUUAUUAUAUACGAUGUAGAAUAAUUAUUUUAUUUCCAAUAUAAAUUGUUUUUUUGUUAAUUAUACAAUCUGUUACAGUUAAAUAUUAUAUAAGUGGAAUAACAGAGAUAUGCAAAAGUUACUUUGACUUAAUAUACGUAAUAAUUUUAA